ACAUAAAUCGGCAACAUUUAAAAGGAAAGAAAAAACAACACAGAAUGAGCAACAGAAUAUCUAAUGAAUUUCGGGAUUUUGGGCUCAUAUACAGGAGAUUCCUGAUUCAAGAUAGUUGACAAAAGGUGCAGGAUGACUGAGAGUCACCCAAAAUGGACAUGUGAUUACUGCACUUAUCACAACUGGUACAGCUCUAUCAAAUGCACCUUGUGUCAUGCACCAAAACCUGUACAACUCAUCACAUCACCGACACAGGAUAGUUCCUCCACAUCCCUUGUCGAGGAGCAGAGUGAUAGUAGCCCUAGACGCCUUAUCCUGCCAGAAUCGGAUAAUAGUUCCCCAAAGUGGUCAUGCAAGGCAUGUACUUAUUUGAAUUGGCCGCAGGCUGCCAAAUGUGCUCUUUGUCACACUGCAAAGGGGACUGGACCACCUGGAGAUAACAGCAAAAGUCGUGGUCAGCCACGCCUCAAGACUGUUCGCCCCACGGUGGGUCAGCAGAACGUCAACAAUGACCGCAAUCGAACUAUAUGCAAUAGUACAAAAAAGUGGAUAUGCUCUACGUGUACUUAUGAGAACUGGCCCAAAGCAAAGCACUGUGUUUUAUGUAGCUGUGCACGCCAAAAGCAGAGCCCUGACUCAAGUGUUGGAGCGGGUAGCACUUUGAUUGAGGAGAAUCUGAGGAAUGCUGGUGCAUCAAGUCGUACAUCUCCCACCAGUUCACCACCUCGUAGUCCAGGUCCAACUAUCUCUAAUGUCAAAGUGCCUGUCAUUGGGGCCACCUCAACACCCGGUCAUGGUACCAUCAAUGUUGAUCAAGAGAAACGCAUCAAGCUCAUCCGUAGGAGAUUGAGAAAGUCUGAUUGGCUGUUCCUUAAUGCUUGUAAUGGUGUAGUGGAUGAUGACCAUCAAGCAGUAGAAACAUAUUUAACAUCAGGUGGAAAUCCAACCAGAACACUUACUGCUGAUGAGGUUCUUUUACUCAACCGAUCUGGUGUCUUUGAUGUUGGUCUUACCCUUGCCCAUCUUGCUCUGCGUUUCAGGAGAGAAGAUCUGCUGGCUGUUCUGCUGUCUACAGAUAUUAGUAGUGCCCAUGCUGUCAAGCGACCACCAUCUCAAGUUUGCCCUGAACUUGCCGCUGACAUCAGGAGAGAGGUUGCAAAGUCGAUACGACAGAGAAAAGGAGACUUUCCUUGCUAUUUUGUUACAGAUAUUAUAACUUUUAUUCUACCUGGAGAAAUCAACUACCUCCCACUAAUGGUGCGCAAUCAACUAAUGGAUGAACUGCUUGAUCAAGAUGCACAGAAAGAGCUAGAACAGGAAUCUCCCAUUAUCAAUUGGAGUAUGGAGGUUGCAGACUCCAUGGGAAGCCGUCUCUAUGCACUAUGGAAUAGGACUGCUGGUGACUGCCUGCUGGACUCGGUACUCCAAGCUACCUGGGGUGUCUUUGAUACAGACUCUGUGCUCAGAAGGGCAUUGGGGGAUAGUCUCAAUGAGGGAGCACAUAGGUUCUACAGUCGUUGGAAGGCGUAUGAAGCCAUGCAUGUUGAGAGCAUGCAUUUCAGCUUAGAUGAUGACCAGUGGUUGAAUGAUUGGUCACUUAUGCUUAGUCUUGCCGGUCAACCAGGAGCUGCCUUGGAACAGACCCAUAUCUUUGCUCUGGCCCAUGUUCUACGUCGACCAAUCAUUGUCUAUGGAGUCAAGUUUAUUAAGAGCUUCCGUGGAGAGAAUCUUGGCUUUGCACGCUUCCAAGGUGUGUACUUGCCAUUGUUAUGGGAGCCUAGUUUCUGUUGUAAGUCGCCCAUUGCCCUAGCUUAUACCAGGGGUCAUUUCUCAGCCCUCGUAGCCCAGGAGUCUGGGUCAGAUGAUAACCGUGGUGCUGGCGCCAAUCUGGACAGCAGUGAUGAUAGCCAGACUAUUUACCUCCCUCUCACUGACAGUGAUGGCAAGCUUCUACCCAUUCAUUUCAUUACUCCUCUGGAGGUUGGAACCGAGGAGCGCCUGUUGAAUGAAUGGCUGGAUUGCUGCUACACAGCUGGUGGUACCUUUGUAGCACAACAGGUUCACCCUCGCCACCGCCCAGUCAUCAUUGGCCAGAUGAUAGAGGAAUGGCUUCAACGCUACCGCAGGAUCGCACAACAAAUAUGAUAGAACUCGUCUCUAUCAGAAGUAGAAGAAGCUCUUCACUGCCUAGAAGAAUAGUUUGAGGCUGUUUUCACAAACCUGUUAGUGAUGGACAACAGAGUGAUGAGGCAUUUUCAUAAGCUACAUUGCUGGACAGAAUUUAUGGUAAUCUCAUCCGUUUUACAGGUACUCGACUGUAGUCGUUCAUCAGGUACAAGAUUGAACUUCCAGAUCUUGGUGAGGGUUCCAAUUGAAAUACUAUGUAUUCUAGAAAGAAGGUUCUAGCUAAAUAGAAGCAGACCUGUGGACUGUAUCUAGAAAAUUUAUCUUCAGGAAAUAGACUGGGUAGAUUAUAUAAUGACAUCCCUAUUUUUUGAAUUGGUUAGCUGGAAUGUUGAGGGAUGAUGGAUCAUGACAUUUUCCUUGUGGUUUGCCUAGUCCCAUUCAUAAAGAAAAAUGAUUGUCUCAAGUUUGAUAAUUAGCAAAGCUUGCAGUGUUGUUUCCAUGGUCUUGAAAUGAUGUUUGAUCUAGCUAGGGUGGAAGUUGCAUGUAUAUGUAUCUGGGAGUAGGUUAUUCUUAAGAAAAGUGAAAGUAUCGACAGUGGUGAUUGAUCAAGCCAAGUUUGGCCUUGACUUAUAAUUUAUGAUCAGAUAUGGGAAAAUUGUUUCAAAAAAACUCUUUUUACCCAUGAAAUUGACACUUUUGUUAUGUUGAUUUGAAUGACAUUGGAAUUGAGGGAAAAGAUUGAUUAUUUUGAUUUCGAUUGGUCAAGAAAUUCGGAAAAUAUGUUUUGGAGAUUAUGUGAGGAGAGCCAGUCUUAUUUUUCUACUGUAGUUCAUACUUGUUAUGGAUGUUCUUAAUUGACUACCCAUCUCCUCAUUGGAUGUAUAUGGUAGAUGGAUUCAGAGUUAAAAAGUUUUAAGAGCAAACAUAUGUCGACAAUAAUUCCUAGGAAGAAAUAGAAAAAGUACAGAUAUAUGCUGAAUAUAUUUUGUACAAUUUGUAUGUUUGAAGAGUUGGAAGCCAGCUAUGAAACUGCUGUGAUUUAGAAUUGAUUUCAUAUUCUUAUAUAUGAAGGGAUGUCUAUAUUAGGGAUUUUUUUCAUUUGAAUAGAUACCAUGUAGACCCCUCAACCACUUUAUAUGGAAACUUUCUGGACUGUUUCAUUAACCAUUGAUCUUAUUUAUACAAAGACUAUUUAUAUACAGGUGAACAUAUUUUGAUAUUCAACAGAUUUUCUCAGAAAUAAUGUGAAGUAGUGUGUUGUAAUUAUUUAAGUAAGGGAGAAUGAUGUGACUUAUUACAACUAUUUUGCAUUGAGAGGCAUUUGCAUGCUGCAUGUUGAGUACGUCCCUGCAUGCUGUUUUACAAUUUACGAGGUAAAUGUUGCUGUAUUACCCAUUAUUGCUGUCAAAUGUAUGGCUUUUGUUGUGAAUCUAGAGACAAGACUGCUUAGCAUGAACAUACAAGCAAUUACCAAUGGGUUGAAGGGAUGAAAUAAUAUUGUUAAAGUAGAAAAAUUUGCAUCUUACAAAAUUAGUUAUUUUUAUAUAAUCAACAAUACCUGAAAUUUAAAGACAAAAUGUCAUUAACUAUCUAAAAUAAAGCAUCAAAUAAUCAAGGUUUGUCCUUACCUGUGCCAGAGUGAGUGCCCAGGGGCAUACAUGUACAUGAAGCUGCUGAGGCAGGAUUGUGUGACAUAGAAUUUCAGAAUUCUUAAUGGCUUGGUAUUCCAUUGAGCCAGGAGUUUCUAUCACAAAUAUUGUGAUAUAUGCAUAAUUUGUGAAGCUCGAGUGAUUCCUGUCUGACAAAAGAGUUUUCAAUAGACCUAAUGAAUGUGACAUAAUCUCAUAGCGCCCUCCCUCAGAGGAUAUAGAAAUACAUGUACAUGGAGUUGUCAGAGAUGCACCAGCUGCAGAUCACCAAUGCAUUCAAGACAAUGGUGCUGACCUCAUGGAUGGCGGCAUAAUUACGCAUAAGGUUUAUUGUAAUAUGAUUGCAACAGUUUUAACUGAAAUGGAAGGGGAUUUUAUUUUGAAUCCUGUGCAAAGCAAACUGCCGGAUUAAAGCUGUCAUGCUUUUCAUCCCUUCAUGUAGUCUUGUCUUUAGGUUUCACAAUGAUACACUAUCUUCAGAUAUUUGCACAUGAUUAAUUUAUUGCUGUAUAAUGUAUUAAUGAUGUUUGUUUUAUUACCAUGUGUAGUGAUGGUAAAACAGAUUGCUGCAAUGUAAGACUUUAUUAAAAUGCAGCUCCAUGUAAUAUGCAGUAUUAAGAUUUACAAAAUCUAAAUAGAUCUUACAUGUUUCCUACAUGGAUAAAUAAGAAGAAUGCAGUGAUAAUUCUAAUGAGAAAUCGUGCAUUUUUGAAGUUUUUUCUUUUCUUUUAAUAAGGGUCUGUUGUCAAUUAUAUUUUGUGUUGGAUACUGAAUUGACUUGGAUCCAACAUGACACUUAACAAGUAUUGUCAUACUGCUUUAGAUUAUAAAGUCAGCAAUGGUAUCAAGUUCCCCUAAUGAGAUCCAGUCAGCCACAAUUAACCUUUAGUAAACAAAUUUCAUGAAUAGGAAGUGUGAUGAUUACAAACUAUUUAACAGAUUAUUGCAUUCUUUAUUAGAACCAAUCAUUUAAGCAAGGAGGUUCCACUUGACUUUCAAGGCAGCAAAACUAAAAGUAUGCAAGCUGGUAAAGUUAUACUUUAAUUCAUUAGGGUUGUACGAUAGCCUGGGGUUAUUUUCACCCAUUCAUCUCUCCCUCCCCUUCCAAAAUAGUCUGAAUGUAAAGAGUCAGUACUACCCUUGACUUCCCCAUCCAAAUCCCUAUUUACUUGGAAAUUUCUUACAAUAGAAUGUAUUCUUCCCUCAAAUAGGAUGUUAAAUGGAGGCCCCGUGUAGUGGAUAGUCAUGACCUUUGCACGUUAAGAAAGAACCCACUGCACUAUUCGUACAAGAGUAGGGGGAAACCCCGGUGCAGUGGUCCACCUGCACUCCCCCAAUCAGUUAUAUAAGGAGGAAAGACCUCACAGUGAUUCAGUUCGCUUUUUGCCUCCCAGGCACAGGCGACGCCAAACACAUAAUAAUAUUGAAAUUUAAGAUACGGUACAUUCUUGCCGUGAUCAUUUUCAUCCAUGAACACAAGCAAGCUAUUCUGUAUUUUGUUGUUGAUUUAUUUGAUUUGCCGACAUUUCUAAUGUCAAAGCUUGAAGAUCUUAUACAUGUACCUGAAAGACUAAAGCGAGAACAACUUAAUUGUUUAUGAUGUUGGAAUGCCUCAAUAUCGGUUUCAUGCAAGUAUUUUGUUUUAGAAACAUUUGCAAGCUUUUCAAAGGCUUUAUUGUUUUCCCUUACUGGCCUAAAUACCCAAUGGCAUAUUUUUAAGAAGCAGGGUUGUGAAUUUAGGUCUUUAAUUUGAUUGCCUGCCUGACUUUCAAUCAUCUGUAAUGUGAUUAUCUUAUAGAAGAUACUCUGUAGAGUCUGUAGAUAUAUUUCUUGUUUGUGCAAUUCUUUAACAUGUCAUGUAAUAUUUACAUGUUAAUUACUUUGUUCUUAGAUAUUUGUAUAUUUAUGAUAGUGUUGUAUGUGAGGAUACGCCUCAUCCUGUCAGAAUUUAAAUCACCUUUAUAUUCAUUUGUGCUCUUUGAUUUCUUUAGUAUGUAUUUUCUCUCAGUUGUCUUAUCUGCAUUUAUUCUUUUUUCAUGCCCUGUAAGGAAUAAAUGAAAUUGCAACUUAUUAAGUGUGCGGAUCUAUGGAAAAAUGUAUUGCUAUAAAAUGGAGUUUAAUAAAAUGUCAAGGAAAGAAAAAGGUCUAAAUUGGAAACAAAAUUGGUUCAGGGGUUUGCAUCACAAUGUUGAUGUUUUCUAAAUAAAUAUAGUUCAUUCUCCAUAAUUGAUUGAAAUCACAUAGAUAUUUGGUUCAGAAGUUUUUAUUAUUAUUGUUAAAAAUUAUUUGAAUUUAUAUUAUUCAAUUUUAGGUAAAUUCCACUGCUUAUCAUUCUCAUGUCCUAUAUAAGGAUAGUUUUGUUAAUGAAAACUUUUAUCAUUGGUAUUGUUUUAGUUCAUUAUUUUAUGAUUUUUCUUUUCUUUUUCAAGGAGUUUUAUAGAAAUACUGCAGUUAUACCAAUGAAUUCAACAUCCUUUGCAAUGAGGUGAUUCAGAUAAUUUUCAUGCUCUUCCAAAUUAUACCACCCACCUUUGCUAUUAGGAAAUUGCCAGAGAUUAUAUGAAAAAUAAUAGAUUAUGACAUUGCUGAAGAAUGUGUAGAAAAAAAAGAACAGUAAUUUGGAUAUGUAUUAUGAGGUUAUUGAGUGUGAAUUAAUUCAUUUGUUUUUAUUGGUUUUGUUCAAAAGUAUAUUACAUUGUGUAUGCAUAUUAAUAUAGAGCAGUGAUUGAUGUUGCACUUAUGCUGUCAAAAUAA